CCCCAGUCCAAAUGUAAACGCUUACCACUUACGACCAGGCGGCACAUGCAUGUUUCGAACAAAGGCAUUGGCUUUUUGUUUUCCAUCAGUGUUCUUUGGCAUAAGCAGUUGGGGACAAUUCCUUGCAUUUGUCUUGGUGGUGACCACCCUGUUCUUGUUCUCCCUGCUGAUGAGUUUCUUUGGCAUCUAUAUCCAGAAGGCUGACAAAUUAAAUGCAGAAAUUCCCCAGAUGAAGAGCUGGGAGAAAAGGCUGAACGAUGCUAUAAAGUGGGAGGCAAGAGCCCACAGUGUGUUCUGUAAACUCUGCUGGGACUACACCUGGCUGCAGCGGGGAGGGGCCUGCUACCAUCGCACAGAGGUGUUGAUGCCCUGGAAAACCUGCAUCAAGAGAUGCAAGAGAUUCGGAGCCAAGCUUUUAAAGAGCACCACUGAAGGAGAAAUGGAAUUCCUCCUCCGGGAGUCCCGUAAAUGGUACAGCAUAGCUGACCACCGCCACCCCCCUGAGAAGACCUGGAUCGGUUUGAUCUUCAACCUGUCUGAGAAAACCUGGCGCUGGGCAGAUGGAGAAUUUCUGCACAUCAGAAUACCUGUGGAACAAAGAAAGCCUUUCACCCCCAGAGAAUUUUGCGUGGUAGUUAGCAACGGCCGGGCAUUCACCAACAACUGCACUGAGAGGAUCAGCUGUCUGUGCAAGAGAGAAAUACACUGAAACCGUCAACAUGCACCCAAAACCAUCCUUUCUCCUCUUUUGUGGUAUCGUUCCACAUUUAGUGGCCCAUAAUGACCUCAUAGAAAUAUUAGGAAACACCUCUGCAAAUGAAAAUAACCAAAGACAUUUCUUGUUCU